GAAAUGAAAGUGAGGAAAAGAAGAAAGAGAUAGUCGUUCGUUCCCACGCAAAACAUAGCAUCUUGUAGUGUUGUUGUGUUUGUUUUCCCUCCCUCCAUCACGCAUUAGGAAAAAGACCCGUUCCACUCCAAUCUCAUUUUCUAUUUCCUUUUCACCACCCAAACAUUUCUCACAUUACAUUCCAUUUCGAGAAGACAGAGAAACACUCUUUUCUCUUCCCCUUUUCUUUUCUUUUCACAUCUUCUCUCUCUUCAUUCAUACUUUUCUUUCAUUCAUUUUCUACACCACCACAGGAUUUGGUCAAUUGAAUGUCUUUAUUUCUUCUGGCCAAGCAUUCAAGAUAGUUCUGUGAUUUUUCGAUCACAGAUAUGACCAACACAACUGCUGAAUUGUCCACUCAGGGAAAUAAUGGUGCUGCUUCUGUUCCCCCUCCUAUUCCCCAACCUGGACCACCAGAGACUCAGCGUUCUCAUUCCAGCAACAAUGCGAUUUUCAAGAGUGGGCCACUUUUCAUAUCUUCUAAAGGAAUUGGAUGGACAUCCUGGAAGAAAAGAUGGUUUAUUUUAACACAAACUUCACUUGUUUUCUUCAGAAGUGAUCCAAAUGCCGUCCCUUUGAAGGGAAAUGAAGUGAAUUUGACCCUUGGCGGCAUUGACCUCAACAAUUCAGGCAGCGUUAUUGUUAAAGCAGAUAAGAAACUUUUGACUGUACAAUUCCCUGAUGGUCAUGAUGGACGAGCUUUCACACUUAAGGCUGAAACUACAGAUGACUUAUACGAGUGGAAGACUGCUCUCGAGAAAGCUUUGGCCCAAGCACCAACUGCAGCCAAUGUGACAGAGCAAAAUGGUAUCUAUAGGAACGAUCAGACUGAUUCAAUUGAUAUUUCUUUGGACCAGUUGAAGGAUAGAGAACCAGCCAAAUCUACUGUAAUUGGCCGGCCAAUUUUACUUGCUCUGGAGGAUGUUGAUGGAACUCCAUCAUUUUUGGAAAAAGCCCUGACAUUCAUGGAAGAGCAUGGAGCCAGCGUAGAAGGAAUCUUGCGGCAAGCAGCUGAUGUUGAUGAUGUUGAACGUCGAGUUCGGGAAUACGAACAAGGAAAAGUUGAGUUUGCUCCUGAUGAAGAUGCACAUGUCAUUGGUGAUUGUAUCAAGCAUGUUAUUCGAGGAUUGCCAUCUUCUCCCGUCCCUGCAUCUUGCUGUAAGGCACUGUUAGAAGCUUGCCGAACUGAUCGUGGUAUUAGGGUUGCUUCUAUGCGCGCAGCAAUAAAUGACACUUUCCCUGAACCAAAUCGCCGCUUAUUGCAAAGAAUAUUAUUGAUGAUGCAAACUGUGGCUUCACGCAAAGCUGUCAACAGAAUGAGUUCCUCAGCUGUGGCAGCUUGCAUGGCACCAUUACUUCUCCGUCCCCUUCUAGCUGGAGAGUGUGAGAUCGAUAAUGAUUUUGAUGUUGGUGGCGAUGGUUCUGUCCAACUUUUACAAGCAGCUGCAGCUGCUAAUCAUGCCCAAGCAAUUGUUAUAACUUUAUUAGAAGAAUAUAAAAGCAUAUUUGGGGAAGGUUCUGUGUCCCCUGAUAUAUACACUGACUCAGAAGAGAGUGGAUCUGAGAGUGAGGAGGGUAGUGACGAGGAUCUAUCCUAUGAUGAGGAUUAUGAUGAUGAUGACCAAGAUGAAUCAAUACACGAGUCUGAUGAAGAAGAAGAUGAUCUUGUAAGCGAAUCCUACACUGAAGGAGACUCUGAGGCUGAUGAUUACAAUGACAAGGAUGGUGAUCAUUCUAAUUCAAGUUCAAAAUCAUCAAAUGUGAGUGAAGAAAUUAAAGUCAAUCAAACGUCAGUAAAGUCACGUGAAGGCUCGCCAACUCAACAUGAAAAUAGAGAAAGAAGUGAAAAUCUCACGAGUCCAAAGAAGGCGGCUUAUGUAGAUCAGUCCAAUAAGCCUGCUGAUAUAGUUGGAGAAGUUUCCACUGAUCAAGAUAGUAGUAUGCAUAAUUCAUAUUCUCCUAGCCCUUCACAAAUGAAAAAAUCUGCAACCAUGUCCAAUGGCCCAGAACCUCGGCAACGAACCAUGUUGGGGCGCACCUCCGCAAGGAAGAACCUCUCCAUGGAAUCCAUUGAUUUUCCUAUUGAAGAGGAAGAUGAAAUUGAAAGGCUCGAAGCUGCUAGAACAAAACUACAAAACCAAAUUGCAGAUGAGGUGAAGGCAAAUGAAAAGUUGCAAUCUAAGAUAGAUGAACGAAAGAAAGAAUUGCAAGGGCGGCGUUCGGCACUUGAGCAAGAUGUGGCUAGACUACAGGAACAGUUGCACAAAGAAAAGAAUUCCCGGGCAACUCUUGAGACUAGGGCAGAACUUGAGGAUUUAGCUCUGGUAGAAGUGGAUCUUACCAAGUUAGAGCGGAUGGUUGAGGAGAUUGGGCUGCGGCUUAAGGUUAAACUUGAGCAGAAUUAUGGAUCUACUUCAGAUAUCAGUAAUCCAUCGCGGCUGUCAUCAAAUAAGGAAAGAAAAUCGAAACAUAAGGCAGAUGCCGAAGGUGCUGCCACAUCACAAUCUGAAAGGUCAAUAAAUAAGGACACUUAUCUUAGUGGAACAGACAGUGAUACUGAGAGAAAGCCGGAGUCAACACCUUUACCAAACAAACAGCCACCAACUAGUUCCAAGAAAUCCAGUUCAAGGGGUGAGGGAGCAAAUUCUUCUGGAAUCACAAAACUGACAUCCAGACUGAACUUUUUGAAGGUGGGCCGGAGUCAAGCUGUAAAUGAACUACAAAAUGCGGAUAGAGGAAGCCGAGAGUCGAGUUACUCUUCACGCAACCAGGAUAAAAGAAAAGGAUCUGAACGUCACCAAACACUUCCAUCUCCCAACAGUAAGUUUAAAGGAUCUGAUGUGCCAAACCCCGAAAAGGGUAGAGUCAUGGACAGUUCUCAGUCGCUCCAGCUUCCAGAAAAAGGAUCGAGCAAAGGUAAAUCACAUCAGAAUUCGGACAAACUGAAAAAAUCAGAUAGUCAGCCAGGCUACCACUCAGAAGGAUGGGAUCAACAUCCAACAUACUUGGAAAGAGGAAGAUCAGAAGGCCAUCAUCAUCAGUCUUAUAAUGUGGAUAAAGGUCGAUGAUACUAUGCCAGGUUUUUGUUACAGCACAAAAUCCAGAUGAUACGGGGCUAUUGAAAUCGGUCAUUGUUUUUUCUUGUUCACUUGUGCAAUCAUUGUUUAUGCCGUCAACAAUGUUUUGUGUGGUUUGUGAGAAGAAUCCUUCUUUGCUAAGGUAGGCACAAAAGCCUGUAUUCAAAUGCAGUGAAGUUCAUUUACCCAAAAAAGAAAAACAGGAUGUGCAAAGCAUACAUAAACUGAACUGUUUGUAACCUAACAUGCUGGUUUUUUCUGACUCGGUGAACAGCAUGAUGGUUUUGCAAUUACAUUGUAGUAUUUGUAACUGCAAUAGCCUUCAGUAGUUUGGCAUAAGCUGGCAAAGCAUUAUUAAGCAGAUAACCCUUUGUCCAAGUUUCUUUGUUUUGACAUACUGUUUAGUAAGUAAUCUUGUGAUAUCUUCAUAUAAUCAGACUCUUAAUCUGAAUAAAUGAAGCUAAAAGCUCCAUGACUCACACACACAAA